AAAUCAUCUCACAUGAUCAAGCUUCUAAGACACCUCCAUAUCAUUGCUGAAGCAAAAAAUAGAAAAGAAGGAAGCUAUUUUUUUCCCUGUGCUUUACAAUCUUGUAAAAAGCUCAAUCCUGCCCCAACAGAAAUACAACCGCUUCUCAUAGCAUGGGAGAUUCAAAAUGGUGGCACAAAAACUCUAGCCAUCCCACAAGGAUUAUUUCCUUUAACCAUUGUACACCUUUUAGAGAAAAAGAAUAUUGUACAAUUUGCUCCUGAUCCAGAUUCAGAUGAUGAAACAGAAUUCUAUAGAUAUCAUGAUGCCAUGUCACUCCGGGUUUUCAACGAAGAGUAUACCAUUGAUAUCAUCAAUCGCUAUACGCAUAUCGAAAUACGUUUUUACGAUUGCAAAGAAUUUUGUCCACAAAUUCGAGAAUUAGUUAUGGAUGCUAUCAAAAAAAGUAACAAUGAUCUCAAAGUUGGUAAAAACCAUAUCUUUGCAUUCAAGUGCCCCAGAAAAAAUAAACGAUGUUACUGCAUUGUCAAAGAAGAUUUGUCUUCAACCAGAUGUACUCAAUGUCGAUCACACUGUAAAGUAUUACAAGGUGAUGAUAACAGCUACAGGUGCUGGUUUAGUGAUUGUCAAUCAUCCAGUCCAGGAACCAAAGCAUCAUUAGAAGAUCCACCUACUAAAAAACGUAGAUUAAAAUUAAGUGCUUCUGACCGGUUUAGAAAUGUUUCUGAUAGACUUGCAGGUGUCAUAUUAUCUUGUCUGAUUGCAGUAUCAGGGAAACUUAAUGCUAAAAAACUGAUAACACAGGGGCUACAUGAUGAAAUGAUUACUGGUCAUGAUAUUGACUCAAAAAAAGCUGCCAAGCUAGUACUUGUAAUACAGACUACUCUUGAUGCCCAGCCUAAUCCUGAAGCAUAUCUAAAUGACGUGUGCUCAGCAUUGAAAGAACUUGGAGAGAAACAAAUCACUGAUAUAGUGAAUGAAUUGGAACAGAGUAAAACAGAUUGAUCUUGCUAACAUUAUCAACUGCACCAUCAAAUAACUUAUUAGUUCUUGUGUGCUUUGAAUUUGACUUAAAUACAUUGUUUGUGUGAUUUUUCUUAUAUGCCUGUUUAUUUCAAAAA